GCACCACGGCAUGUGGAACCGUCAUAAAUGAUAUAAUCUGUUUUUGCGGCUCAAGGAAUGGAUUGAGAGACAAUUUUUCCAGAAAUGUGCUGGCUUGGAAUAUUAAUGCUAUAGCAUGGAGCUUGAGAGUACUGCAAGCACGAAGAAGCAAGCAGGUGGAGAACCAGCAAGUCCAGCGUCACAAGUGGCCUCUGAUAAAAUCCUUUUACCAACAUUCACACAUAACAGGCUGCCACACCGGACUGUCGCUCUGAUCGUCAUCAUCCUCAUUCUGAUCCUGGCUGCCAUUUCAAUACUAUCCUGGUACUUUCUAGUGUACAGAGUUUGGGUACAGGAGGAGAGGGUAGAGCAGCAGUACAUCGGUCAGAUCUCCAUCAUGAACAGGAAUUUCUCCACUGCUCUCUCAUUACACACCAGCCGAGUUUUCAAGGAGGAGGCUCGGAUAGUGCAGGAGUGGCUCGAGAAGCUCAUAAAGUCUUCUGAUAUGUCCCGUUAUUUUCAAUCCACCACCAUCUUUGCUUUUAGUGAAGGAAGUGUGGUGGCACACUUUUGGCUGAUCCUCUCCAUCCCUGAGAGUCAUGCUCCGACGAUCACCAUGCAGAAAGUAAACGAGAGCUUGUUAGGAACCCUGCAAAGCUUUAAAGCAACAAGUGUCGAGGUUACUGUGAGCUAUUCUGGCUACCUGUUUCUCCUGUCCUCGUUCUCUAUUUCAGAAACCAAACCAAAAGUUAUAGUUUUGUUGCAAGCAUCAUUUGAUUGUUAUCGGUACCAGUCUGUGCCCACCAGCGGCCCUGUGGUUCUGAGGGGGCCAAACACUCAGCGCUCUUCUUGUCUGUGGCACUUGAAGGCUCCUGAUGGCUACCAGUUAGAGCUAAGGGUGGAGUGGCUGCUACCUGAGUGUCGAGAUCGGCUGGUCCUUUACGAUUCGCUGACUCCUGCUGAUUCGUUACUUAUUACCUCACUGUAUGGGUGUAGCAGGGAUGAAACGGUGGUACAGGUUUUAUCCUCUGCUGAUUGGAUGACGGUGUUAUGGAAGCAAGGGCAGUACAACUAUAAAGAUCCCUUCUCUCUCACCGCUCAGGCCUGGCCCAAUGCAAACUGUUCCUCCAACACUGUCUUAGAGAAUAAGGACGGCAAUCAGGGAACCUUACAGACUCCAUAUUUCCCCAACUACUACCCACCCAAUACCAACUGUACCUGGCAAUUUACUGUGCCAUCAGUGGAUUAUGGGCUGACACUGGAAUUUGAGGGGUAUGAGCUAAAUCGAGCUGGCUACAAUCAGGCCUGCACACAGGGCCAAUGGCUCAUUCAGAACCGCCGAAUGUGUGGUAUGCGUGCUUUGCAGCCAUAUGCUGAACGUCUGUACCUGCACUCCCCUACCAUCACUAUUACUAUGACAUCAGAAGUGUCGCUCACAGGGCCUGGCCUCCGUGUCCACUACAGCAUCUUCAACCAAUCAGAUCCAUGUCCUGGUCAGUUUCUGUGCAAUGUUAACGGACUGUGUGUAUCAGCGUGUGAUGGUAUAUCAGAUUGUCCCAAUGGUCUGGAUGAGAGAAACUGCGUGUGUGUUGCACAGUACCAAUGUCAGGAAGACAGUCAAUGUGUGGACUACUACAAGCUGUGUGACCAGCAUCAGGACUGCAGCGAGGGGAGCGACGAAAAUAACUGCACAAUAGGUGUUCCAUGUACUGAUAGGAUGUAUAUGUGUGCUGAUGGUACGUGUCUGAAAAAGCCGAACCCUGCAUGUGAUUUAAUCACAGACUGUCCUGAUGCCUCUGAUGAAAAACAGUGUGACUGUGGCCUGAGGCAGUUCAGUACGCGGGUGGUGGGCGGAGUUGAUGCACUGGUGGGGGAGUGGCCAUGGCAGGCCAGUCUGCAGAUCAGUGGGCAGCAUAUCUGUGGUGGAGCGCUAAUCUCCCCUCAGUGGGUGGUGUCUGCAGCACACUGCUUUGAUGAUGACCAGUUAUACUCUCCCUCCGUAUGGACAGUCUAUCUGGGUAAACUACAUCUAAAAUCUUCUACUCAGACCGAGGAAGCUCUGCGGGUAUCACACAUUCACUUGCACCCGUACUACGAUUACGAGAACCAUGACUAUGACUUGGCGCUGCUCAGGCUAGAAAGACCCGUCUCAGCAGGCACACUGGCACUGCCGGCCUGCCUGCCUGAAUCCACACACCAGUUUGAACCUGACCUGCUGUGCUGGGUCACUGGAUGGGGGGCACUUAAAGAGGGAGGCGGUCCAAGUAAUACCCUGCAGAAAGUUGAUGUGCGGUUGGUCAGUGAGGCGGCUUGCAUCCGUUCCUAUGGAUAUGUUAUCACCCCCAGGAUGCUAUGCGCUGGUUAUCGCAGUGGAAAAAAAGAUGCAUGCCAGGGGGACUCUGGAGGACCAUUGGUCUGUCAAGAGAUGUCUGGGCGCUGGUUCCUGGCUGGUGUUGUGAGCUGGGGACGGGGUUGUGGCAGACCUGAUUAUUAUGGUGUCUAUACACGCAUCACUAAACUGACUAACUGGAUCAAACAGAUCAUCAUCUCUUAAUCAUCAACUGUUCCUAGAAUAUCAAGGAGCUACUCUGCUAUUACCUGGUCUUGAGUCACACUGAUCAGAUGUGUAGUCUUGGUGGAAACUGACACAUUUGCAGGCAAACAAAGUGCUGUAAGGCAUUUCGAACUAGUCUGAAUUGACUACUGUACCAUGGACAAUGAAGUUCAAAAGGUGGAUGGUAUUUCUGACGUGUGCGUGAAAUACGUUACUGUAGUGUAUUAAAUGGUGCAGUGAAUGUAAUAAUGCUUUGCUGUCUUGAUGUAUUAUUGUAAGCUUAUAUGUAUCAUGGAAAACAUUAAAAUACAUAUUUAAAAAGAAAAAAA